UCUGGGGAGUUUUAGAUGAAAAAAAUAAGUUGCUCUCUUCCCUUGUGAUCAUGAUUCAUCUUAGAAAAUUUAGACAUUAAACAUUAGAGCAACAAAUACAAAUUCAACUCAAUACCAUAAAUCUAGAACAACUUAUAGUUGUAUUGAUGGUCCUCAACUCAGAUGAUGUCUGGUUCACUAUGCCAGUGUAGUCCUGUUGUUGGUCAUAAGACGUCAAAUACACUGACUGGGUCUCUGUCUUAGAUACACAAUAUAAACACAUAUAUAUACAUAAAUAAAACAAACACAUUGACAGCUCUCAACACCUGCAGAGCAUCUGCAUUAAUAAGCUAACUGCUUCAGGCGGGUAAGGGAGAGGAAAUAAAAAAAACAGAAAUACACUUGUUGGACUGGUUUUGACGUCACUCUGACAUUUUUUGGACUUUACCUCUGAAGUUAUGAGGGUGUGACAGUGUCUUCAGAUGAAUUACACACAGACACCAGGACUGAUGAGGAGGAAAUGAGCAGCUUCUCUUCUCCCAGUGUAUCCCCUACACAUGAAGGUGAAAAGUGUUUGUAAGUUGACCUGAAGUCACCAGCAGGUGAGACUCCUACCAGAGAAAUCUGUAAAUGUUUGAUGUCAUUUUGAACACAUUGUGCUGUGUCAUAGUUUGGUUUUACAGUAAAAAUGUGUCUUGAUGCUGAUUGGCUGUUGCAUUUAUGUUGUUUUCAAGUGCAAAUAUUGUUAGUAAUGACUACCUGAGGUAAAAGACAAUGAUUUGCAUGUAUUAUUGUUGGUGCUUACAAGUAGAAGCAACAGCAGUCUGAUUCAGUGCAGAUCAUUAAUGAAAAAUGUGGAGAAUGUCUGAACUGGCUGAACAGCUUGGAUCAGCAAGCCAGGCAUGUGUGCACCAUGUUAGUGACAGUAGUGAGAACUAAUGUAUCCUGUGAUGUGAAGCACGAAAUGAAUGAGUGCAGCUCUCUCAGCAUGUUUUAUUAUUAUUAUUAUUAUUAUUAGUCUUUUUAUUGACCUUUGACUGAAAACAUGAUAACACACAUCACAAACAAACAGUCUUGGCUCACAGAUUCACAUAUACAACAGGCAAAUGACUCAGGAAUUAUAUUAAGUUAAAAAAAAAAAAUGACCAAGUAUCAGGAACUACAGGUAUAUUACAUUGCAUUACAUGAAUCCUCUUGUAAGAAUAGAAGAAAUAUCCAAACCAAUAUAUGACAUGAAGGACACCCAUAUUCUGCAAACUAUGUCAUCUUUACAAUGCAAUUUACAUGUCAAAUAAUCUAAAGAUACAUAUUCAAGUAUGUCCUUAUGCCAAUAUGUUAUAGAUGGGACUUUGUCCAUUAUCCAAUUCAAGUGAAUGCAUUUUCUUGCACAGAAUGUUAACAUUUUGUCAAGUUUUCUUUUAUAGGAACUUUUGGUAUCCCAAGUAACAUGCAUAAUGGACCACACGCUACACUAAUAGAUACGACCUUAUUCAUUUCCUCACCUACAAUCUGCCAGAAACGCUGCAUUUUCCUACAGGACCACAAGCAAUGACUGAGACUGCCAGUCUCUAUUUUACCCUUGGGACACUGAGGGGAAAAGUCACUGUUAAUCUUAUGAUGUUCGGAGGGAGAUAUGUGAGCUAUGUGUAGAAUCUUAAGUUGAAUUGCUUACUCUGUUGCACACACUUAAGGUUUUUGCAGUCUCCGAAGCAUUGUUCCAUUCGUCAUCUGUGAUCUUUGCAUUAAGUGGGCCCUGCUAUGAAUCAGUUUGAGGACAGGAAGGAGGCAGUGCCUCCCUCUAAAACCACUCUGUGUAGGAAACAUGACAUCCAGACCAAUGUUCAGAGCCCAGAGCAGCAGCACAGAGCAGACUCUCCUGUUCCCAGCUUUUUAUCAAUGAAGAGUGAUCAAUCUAUGUUGCACCCUUUGGUGUUCAAACCUGGACACCACUCUGUCAAUCAAAUGAUUCAUCAGGAUAACUUAGACAUUCCCAGUGGUCAAUCUGAGCUGCAGCAUCAAACAGACCUGGUCUCCAUAUUUAUGAUGCUUGAAAAGAACAUUGUCAGUUUUGUGAAGAAUGAGCUGAAAAGGCUCCAGGAGGUUCUGUGUCUGGAUUACCCAGACUGGUUAGAGAGUCAAAGUGAGGACGAAGAGCUGAGGAGGAGCAGCAGAGAGGCAUUUCUGAAGAUCACACUGGACUUCCUGAGGAAAAUGAAGCAGGAGGAGCUGGCUGACUGUCUACAGAGCAAGACUAGUGCUCCAGUUUGCCAACAUAAAUUCAAAUCUAACUUGAGAAAGAAAUUUCAGUACACGUUUGAGGGAAUCGCUAAAGCAGGAAAUCCAACCCCUCUGAAUCAGAUCUACACAGAGCUCUACAUCACAGAGGGAGGGACUGGAGAGGUCAAUGAUGAACAUGAGAUCAGACAGAUUGAAACAGCAUCCAGGAAACCAGACAGACCAGAAACAACAAUCAGGUGUGAAGAUAUCUUUAAAUCCUCACUUGGAAGAGAUGAACCAAUCAGAACAGUGACGACAAAGGGCGUGGCUGGCAUUGGGAAAACAGUCUUAACACAGAAGUUUACCCUGGACUGGGCUGAAGGCAAAGCCAACCAGGACAUACAGUUCACAUUUCCAUUCACUUUCAGAGAGCUGAAUGUACUGAAGAAGAAAAAAUGCAGCUUGGUGGAACUUGUUCAUCACUUUUUUACUGAAACCAGAGAAGCAGGAAUCUGCAGGUUUGAAGAGUUUCAGGUCUUGUUCAUUUUUGACGGUCUGGAUGAGUGUCGACUUCCUCUGGACUUCCACAACAAUGAGAUCCUGACUGAUGUUACGGAGUCAACCUCAGUGGAUGUGCUGCUGACAAACCUCAUCAGGGGGAAACUGCUUCCCUCUGCCCGCCUCUGGAUAACCACACGACCUGCAGCAGCCAAUCAGAUCCCUCCUGAGUGUGUUGACGUGGUGACAGAGGUCAGAGGGUUCACUGACCCACAGAAGGAGGAGUACUUCAGGAAGAGAUUCUGUAAUGAAGAACAGGCCAGCAGAAUCAUCUCUCACAUCAAGACAUCACGAAGCCUCCACAUCAUGUGCCACAUCCCAGUUUUCUGCUGGAUCACUGCCACAGUUCUGGACGAUGUGUUGAAAACCAGAAAUGAAGGACAGCUGCCCAAGACCCUGACUACAAUGUAUGUCCUCUUUCUUGUGGUUCAGUUAAAACUGAAUAAUGUCAAGUAUGAUGGAGGAGCUGCUCCACACUGGAUGAUGAUUGUGUCUCUGGGAAAACUGGCUUUUGAGCAGCUGCAGAAAGGCAACUUGAUCUUCUAUGAAUCAGAUCUGGCAGAGAGUGGCAUCGAUAUCAGAACAGCCUCAGUGUACUCAGGAGUAUUCACACAGAUUUUUAAAGAGGAGAGAGGACUGUACCAGGACAAGGUGUUCUGCUUUGUUCAUCUGAGUGUUCAGGAGUUUCUGGCUGCUCUUCAUGUCCAUCUGACAUUCAUCAACUCUGAUGUCAAUCUGCUGUCAGAAGAACAGUCAACAUCCCGGUGGACUAUUAAAAACUUAAAUACCAAAACUAGAUCAACACACUUCUACUACACUGCUGUGGACAAGUCCUUGCAGAGCCCAAAUGGACACCUGGACUUGUUCCUCCGCUUCCUCCUGGGUCUUUCACUGGAGACCAGUCAGAAUCUCCUACGAGGUCUGUUGACACAAUCAAGGAGAAGCUCACAAACCAACAAGAAAACAGCUGAAUACAUCAAGGAAAUUAUCAGGAGGAAUCCCUCCGAAAGAAGCAUCAAUCUGUUCCACUGUCUGAAUGAGUUGAAUAAUCUUUCUCUGGAAGAGGAGAUCCAACAGUACCUGAGAUCAGGAAGUCUCUCCACAGAUAAACUGUCUCAUGCUCAGUGGUCUGCUCUGGUCUUCAUUUUACUGUCAUCACAAAAAGACAGGGACGUGUUUGACCUGAAGAAAUACUGUGCUUCAGAGGAGGCUCUUCUGAGGCUGCUGCCAGUGGUCAAAGCCUCCAGCAAAUCUGUGCUUUGUGGCUGCAACCUGUCAUGGAGAACCUGUCAAGCUCUCUCCUCAGUUCUCAGUUGUCAGUCCUCUUAUCUGAGAGAACUGGACCUGAGUAACAAUGACCUGCAGGAUUCAGGAGUGAAACUGCUGUCUGCUGGACUGGAGAGUCCAGACUGUAUACUGGAAACUCUCAGUCUGUCAGGCUGUCUGGUCACAGAGGAAGGCUGUGCAUCUCUGGCCUCAGCACUGAAGUCCAACCCCUCCCAUCUGAGAGAGCUGGACCUGAGCUACAAUCAUCCAGGAGACGCAGGAGUGAAGCUGCUGUCUGCUGGACUGGAGGAUCCUCACUGGAGACUUGACACUCUCAGGGUGGAAAACUGUGGGGAGCAGAGGCUGAAACCAGGUGUGAGGAAGUUUGCUUGUGAACUUGCACUGGACCCAAACACAGCAUACAGAAAGCUCAAACUGUCUGAGGACAACAAGAAUGUGACAACAGUGAGAGAGUAUCAACCAUACCCCGAUCACCCAGAGAGAUUUGACUGCUUCUGUCAGCUGCUGUGUACGAAUGGUCUUACUGGUCGCUGUUACUGGGAGGUGGAGUGGAAAGGAGCGGUUCAUAUAGCAGUGACUUACAGAGGAAUCAGAAGGAAAGGAAACAGUGCUGACUGCAGGUUUGGGAUGAAUAAUCAGUCCUGGAGUCUGAGCUGCUCAGGUGGUGGUUACUCUGUCUGGCACAAUUACAGCGUAACAGACCUCCCACUUCGUUCCUCCUCUGUCUCUAACAGAGUAGCAGUGUAUGUGGACUGUCCUGCUGGCACUCUGAGCUUCUAUAGUGUCUCCUCUGACACACUUUUCCACCUCUACACCUUAAAAACCACAGUCACUGAACCUCUUUAUCCUGCGUUUGGGAUUGGGAUUGGGUUUGGCAUUCGGUCAUCUGGUUCUGUGUCUCUGUGUGAACUGUAGGAGGUAGGAUCUAGUAAGAAUGGGUUAACGCUGACCAUCCAGCUCACAGUUUCCCCAGGAAAUGUUUCAGAAGCAGAGCGUUUAUGCCUCAGAAGCCACAUUUACAGUGUUAUUUUGGGCACCAAAAAAAUACAAAAGUGAGGACAACAAUAUCAUGAAUUCGGCUGUAUUAAAAUACAGUGAUGUGAUUACAGAAAGCGGCACACCAACACACGCACACACUCAUAAACAAACACUUUAAUCUUUGUGAUUAUUUUGUGUUCUAAUUUCAGUCUAUCCUCUUUAUUAAUUGCUCAUACUUAAGAGAAACUGUCAAAAUAUGAUGUGGAUUCGUAGAAAAUACUUUUCCUGCUCCAGUCAUCUGUAUGUGUGCUUUUUAUAUCAAUCUCUCACAUAUAUUUUUAUAUUACCUUUAGUUUUCUCACUGAAUCACAUAUUUUUUACUACUAAUGAAUGUACAUACUCAAUGUCUAAUCUUUUGGUAUAUUACAAUAAAGUGCAGAAAGUUGUGUUGCAUGGUUAUUGACUUUACAUGUCUGAUUUAACUAUUGAUGAGUGAUGAUGUAUGAAAGCAGCUGUUCCUGUGUCUGCUUGUUUUGGCGUGCAGUGUUUUGUUGCGUCUACCAAAAUAAGCAGUGAUUUGAUUGAGUGCCUGUUUCCUGACUCAGAAGAUACACAAGUCACAAAAU